AUGAGGUGGCAAUUGUUCGAGGCGGUCUCAUUGAUGGGACUGUUGUCGCUGACAUCGAUUGUAAACACAGUGGGGAAGAAACACCCGCAGCCGGUGGAGAAGAACCACCAGCCGGCCAAGGAAGCAGAGCGGCUGGACACUGCGCAGAUGCUGCAGCAGCACGGCUACCGAGUGGAGGAGCACUACGUCGUCACGGAGGACGGCUACGUGCUGCGCCUGUUCCGGAUACCGCCGCGCCACCGUCCUGUCGACAUGCCGCCGGUGCUGGUGCAGCACGGCCUGCUCUCCAGCUCCGACGACUGGGUCGUCAGCGGGCCCGCCAAGGCGCUCGCGUACCUCUUGGCUGACACCGGUUUCGAUGUCUGGCUGGGGAACGGCCGCGGUAACGUCUACUCUAGGCACCACGUCCGUCUGAACACCAAACAUUCCAAAUUCUGGAAAUUCAGCUGGCACGAGCAGGGGGUGUACGACAUCCCAGCUGUGAUCGAUCACAUCUUAUACACAACAGGACAUCGAGACCUCUUCUACAUGGGCCAUUCCAUGGGCACCACCAUGUUCUUCGUCAUGGCGUCCGAGAAGCCUGAGUACAACAGAAAGAUCAGGGCUGCAUUCCUCAUGGCACCGGUGGCCUACAUGCGCCACAUCACCAGUCCAUUACUGAAGCUGUUUUCAGAAUUUGAAGGACCGUUGACGACAAUGCUGCCCGUCUACCUGGCGCACACACCGGCAGGAGCGUCUGUCAGGCAGCUCGACCACUACGCCCAGGAGAUUCGUAAUGGAGGCCACUUCCGGCAGUUCGACUUCGGGCCAACGGCGAACCGCGAGCGCUACGGCAGCCGCGUCCCUCCGGACUACCGGCUGUCCGCCACCACUGCGCCUGUCGCCUUGUACUACGGGAACAACGACUGUCUGGCCCGCGACCAGGAUGUGAAGAAAGCAUAUAAGGAAUUGAAGAACCCCAUUGGAUUAUUUCGCGUAGAUAUGGACGAGUGGUCGCAUCUGGAUUUCAUUUGGGGAAUCCAUGCAAAGGAGCUCGUCUACGAGAAGAUAUUCGAACAAAUGACGCCUUUCUUGCACCACCCUUUUAACAAAACCAGGAGACCGUAA